UUCACAGGCUUCCCUGGGUUAAGAACGGUGGCACAUCGGUUUUGAAACAAGAUGGCCCGUUCGAGGAUGAUGUUAGAAACAUCUUGUUCUAGUUGCCGCCUAAAACUCUACGGACUACACUGUAUGUGUCCAACACGACCGACUUUUGCAUGGAUAAGUAUAAUUCAAACGGUAAUCCUAGUUGUUGCAGUGAUGUUUUUAAUUUUUUAGGUAUUUCUCCAGUUGCUCCGAUCACAAUGGGGAUGAUGACUACUGUUUCCAUGUCCCACAUCUGGCGGAUUUCAUCGCUCAGGGGUAAUAAACAUAGAUGCAAAUCACAACAAAAUGUCAGUUGGAUCGAAGCCCCACGCAGCAAAGAAACGAGGAUUGUCUUUUUGUGUAUUGUCUUAGUUUUUAUCAACUUAUCACUCAUUGUUAUAAGCUUCUAUUAAUCAAUUUUUGGUAUCAGUUUUACUUUAUACACUGUAAAUGUUUGUCAAUGUACGUCAUACUUAAAUAAUUAUACCUAAUAAAUAUGUUUAAUAGUUAAAUCUCAGAGGUAAAUGAAAUUGAAAAUCAAUGAUAGAUGGGAUGUAUAUUUGAAUCA